CUAGGGUACAUGUGCACAACGUGCAGGUUUGCUACAUAUGUAUACAUGUGCCAUGUUGGUGUGCUGCACCUGUUAACUCAUCAUUUACAUGAGGUAUAUCUCCUAAUGCUACCCCUCCCCCAGCCCCCCACUCCCCAACAGGCCCCAGUGUGUGAUGUUCCCUACCCUGUGUGCAAGUGUUCUCAUUGUUCAAUUCCCACCUAUGAGUGAGAACAUGUGGUGUUUGGUUUUCUGUCCUUGCGAUAGUUUGCUAAGAAUGAUGGUUUCCAGCUUUAUCCAUGUCCCUAUAAAGGACAUGAACUCAUCCUUUUUUAUGGCUGCAUAGUAUUCCAUGGUGUAUAUGUGCCACAUUUUCUUAAUCCAGUCUAUCAUUGAUGGACAUUUGGGUUGGUUCCAAGUCUUUGCUAUCAUGAAUAGUGCCGCAAUAAACAUACGUGUGCAUGUGAAUCGGACAUAAUUCUUGCCUGACUUUGACCCACUCUAACUCAGUGCAAUUUAAUUAUCUAUAUUUCACAUAGCUAUGCCUGAUCACACACACAGGUUCAUUCGCUCAAGAAUUCUGGUCACCAAAUUUACUAUUCCAGUCACAUUACCGGUAAGAGAUCAAUGUAUUUGAUAUAUGGUCUUGCAAGACCAAGUUUUAUUAAUUUUUUUCCCUCUGAAGGAGUGGUGAAAUUAUACUCUAUCUUCUCUGUGCUGGAAGUUCACAAGUUUUUGAUUAUUCAAAAAUCAUAAAAGGCCAAGAGGUCUUGAAGUAAGUAAAAAUAAGUUCAGGUUUACCAACAAACUCUACAGCCUUAAGUUACUUUCUGCCGGCCAAGGUUUUCUCAUCAGAAAAUGAGGACAAGUGUUUGACCUAGAAUUUGGGAAAUCUGACUAGUGCUGUACUGUGCUAAAAUUCACUCUUCUUAUGUAUAACGUUGUUUUAUUAUUUUACUAGUUGAUGGCCUCUCAACCUUACCCAGUAUUAAGAGAAACUUUACCCUCUAAUUAGAAAAUAAUGGAUAUCUACUUUUGGCCUACUGUGGCAGAGGAAAAGGCAAUUACCCUAGGACUGGUUUUGAAAUAAUCUUUCUAAAAACAAAGAAAAAACUACGUUAAUUUUGGAUUCUUCCCGAUAACACAUAUAUUUGAUCCAAUAGAAAAAUGAUGUCUAAAUUACUUGUCAGAUAAAUUGAUUAUCUUUUCCAGAUUAUUACAUUACUAUUUAAGGAAGAAAUAACUUGGCCAUAGUAUUUUCACUGUCACACACGAUCACACACAGCUUCUUGCUCUUGGCACCGUUACAGACACUGAAAUACAAGCACAAAGAAAGCACGUUUAUAUAACACAAAUCACCAGUUACUCAAUUACGGCCACACACAAAAAAGCAGAUAUACACACAGAUACCCUUCAUAAGCAAACCACAACAGAGAUCUGCGUAGAAUCGUCUUACUCUGUUAGACGAUUCUACACAGUUAUAAAAUCCCAUUACUACGCAGCUUAAAGUACAAAUCACCUCACACCCCACAGCAGGAAGAAUCACACACAGGCAGAAACACAACCAUACACACCCGGCCACGGAAAGACUCUCAGUCCACCCGGCAUCUCCCAUUGUCACACACACGCACACACACCCCAAGGGCCUGGGAGGGCACACAGAGGGUCCUCUGCAAAUCCCAGGUUCCGGCGGGUCUCCGCACCGGCGCCAGCUCCUCCCCCGCACCUGCCUGGCCGGCGGGUCCCACCCUCUCUGCUGCCAGGGGUAGACCCUGGGACCACUCAGAGCUCGCUCUCGCAGGCCCUGAGCGCCUGACGCCUGCGCACUGAGCGCGGGCGGGCGGGCACUCCCAGAAACCUCCGGGGCGUUGCAGGCGGGACAAGCAGGUUCCACAGGCCGCGCCCACGAGCCCCCCGAGGGGUGAGCGGCCUGGGCCUCCUGGCGUUCUGGCCGGCCAGCCAAGCUCUGGACUACAUUUCCCAGAGGCACCGCGUCCAGAGCGCUGGACUACAUUUCCCAGAGGCACCGCUCACGGAGCGUAGCUUCAUUUCCGUUAGUUUGCGAGAUUUGGAGGCCUCGCGUGGGGAGAGGGCCGCGUCUGUGGAGGAGCUUGGCUCCGCACCUGCUGGGCUGGCGAACCCGAAAUUGGGCUUGGAACCCGGGAGCCAGAUCUUGGACCCUGAACUGCACCUCUGUCAAGUAGAGCCCAGAGGAGAAAGAAUGGCUGUUUCAGUAGCGAUGUCCAAGCUCUGCAUUCUCCAGACUCUGUGCUUUCCUAAGAUAGGAACCCAGAAGAGGACUGAUCAUUUCUUGCAGCUCUAAAAACCAUGGCUCGGAAAUUAGUGAUGUUCAGGGAUGUUGCCAUUGACUUCUCUCAGGAAGAGUGGGAAUGCCUGGACUCUGCUCAGAGAGACUUGUAUAGAGAUGUGAUGUUGGAGAACUAUAGCAACUUGGUAUCACUAGACUUGCCUUCAAGGUGUGCAAGUAAGGACUUAUCUCCAGAAAAGAACAUUUAUGAAACAGAAUUAUCCCAAUGGGAAAUGAGUGACAGACUUGAAAACUGUGAUCUUGAAGAGUCCAAUUCCAGGGAUUAUUUGGAAGCCAAAGGCAAGAUGGAGAAGCAACAAGAAAAUCAGAAGGAAUAUUUCAGGCAAGGGAUGAUCAUAUAUGACAAAAUGUCCAUUUUCAACCAGCAUACUUACUUAUCUCAACAUUCAAGAUGUCAUUCUACUGAGAAACCCUAUAAAUGUAAGGAAUGUGGGAAAGCCUUCAGACGAGCCUCACACCUAACACAACAUCAAAGUAUUCAUACUGGUGAAAAACCCUAUGAAUGUAAGCAAUGCGGGAAGGCCUUUAGUCGUGAUUCACAACUCAGUCUUCAUCAGAGACUUCAUACUGGUGAGAAACCCUAUGCAUGUAAGGAAUGUGGGAAGGCCUUUACUCAAAGCUCACAACUUAUUUUACAUCAUAGAAUUCAUACUGGUGAAAAACCAUAUAAAUGUGAAGAAUGUGGGAAAGCCUUUAUUCGUAGCUCACAACUUACCCGACAUCAAAAAGUUCAUACUGGUGAGAAACCUUAUGAAUGUAAAGAAUGUGGGAAGGCCUUUACUCAGAAUUCACAACUUACACUACACCAGAGACUUCAUACUGGUGAAAAGCUCUAUGAAUGUAAAGAAUGUAGGAAGGUCUUUACUCAGCUCUCACAACUUAUUCUGCAUAAGAGAAUUCAUACCGGUGAGAAACCCUAUGAAUGUAAGGAAUGUGGAAAAGCUUUUAUUUGUGGCUCACAGCUUUCUCAACAUCAGAAAAUUCAUAAUGGGGAAAAACCAUAUGAAUGUAAGGAAUGUGGAAAGGCCUUUAUUCGGGGCUCACUACUGAUGCAACAUCAGAGGAUUCAUACUGGUGAAAAACCCUAUAAAUGUGAAGAAUGUGGGAAGGCCUUUAUCCGUGGCUCACAACUUACUCAACACCAGAGAAUUCACACCAAUGAAAAGCCCUAUGAAUGUAAGGAAUGUGGAAAGAUGUUUAGUCAUGGCUCACAACUUACUCAACAUCAGAGAAUACAUACUGGUGAGAAACCCUAUCAAUGUAAGGAAUGUGGAAAAGCGUUUAAUCGUGGCUCACUCCUUACACGACACCAGAGGAUUCAUACUGGUGAGAAACCCUAUGAAUGUAAAGAAUGUGGAAAAACCUUUAGUCGUGGCUCAGAACUUACUCAACAUGAGCGAAUUCACACAGGUGAGAAACCCUAUGAAUGUAAGGAAUGUGGGAAAUCUUUUAUUCGUGGCUCACAGCUUACUCAACAUCAGAGAAUCCAUACUGGUGAGAAACCUUAUGAAUGUAAAGAAUGUAGAAUGGCCUUUACUCAGAGUUCACAUCUUUCCCAACAUCAAAGACUUCACACUGGUGAGAAACCCUAUGUGUGUAAUGAAUGUGGAAAGGCCUUUGCGCGUGGCUUACUACUUAUACAACAUCAGAGAAUUCAUACUGGUGAGAAACCAUAUCAAUGUAAGGAAUGUGGGAAAGCCUUUAUUCGUGGUUCACAGUUGACUCAACAUCAGCGAAUUCACACUGGAGAAAAACCCUAUGAAUGCAAGGAGUGUGGCAAGGCCUUUAGUCAUGGCUCUCAGCUUACUCUACAUCAGAGAAUCCAUACUGGUGAGAAGCCCUAUGAAUGCAGAGAAUGUAGAAAGGCCUUUACUCAGAGUUCACAUCUUUCUCGGCAUCAGAGAAUUCAUACUGGUGAGAAACCAUAUCAAUGUAAGGAAUGUGGGAAGGCCUUUACUCGUGGUUCACAGCUAACUCAACAUCAGAGAAUUCAUAUCGCUGGAGCUCCGAUACUCUCGUGGGGACUUUGAGAAUGGUAUCUGGGUGUUAUGGAUCAUGGAGCAGAAUACAGAAGGAGUGUGCAACCCUGAUGACUUUGUGGAACAGCCAUACUAGCUCUGGUCUGCUUGCCUCCUGUGUUUCUUUAAAUAAAAUUAAACAUCUUAUUUGUUGA